AUGGACAGCUUACCUGAUUCAUUCAAAGGAGAAGUAGAUUCUGUUACAUCAACAGAUUCCUUGCAAUUAAUAACUGAUGAAUUCCAUAUUAGGCAUUUAUCAACUCCAGAUGUUUCAAAUAUAGAAUUAUCAAAACGUGUUGCAUUAUUAGAAUUAGAAAAUGAAAGACUGCGAAUAGAUUUAGAAAAUAUACGUAUUGAACUCAAUGCUAGAAUUGCAGCUAAUGAGGGUCUAAAGGGUAAAAUAACAGAAUUGUAUGUAGAAAUGCAGUUAGUAGUUCAAGAAAAACAAAAAUUACAAAAUAAUUUAACAGAUCUAAAUAAUCAUUUAGAUGCAUCAGAAGCAUCUAUGAAAUGGUAUCAAUCUCAAGUGCAUGGUUUACAAGCAAGCAAAAAAACUUUACAAUUAGAAAUUGAUACCUAUCAAGGUAUUUUGCAAAAAAGGCAACAAACUAUAGCAAAUAUAAAUGCUAGAUAUAAACAAUUGAACAUGGAUUAUACUGAACUUCUACAAAAACAUCAAAAAGAAAAACAAGAUUUAGAAAAUGAAGUGCAAAAUUUAAAAACACAAAAUCAAUCAGACACUAUGUUGGAAUCAUUAAAUAUCAAUUCAUCUAAUUCUCCAGAUAUCUGUACAAAGUUAGAAUUGACAGAAGAUGAAUUACGGGGUACAAAAGCAGAAUUAAAGACAUUAGAAAAGCGACUUUUAGGCAAUGAAGUUUCCAAAGCAUUGUUGGAAAAUGCUUUAGCUAAACAACGUAUAUUAAUUACAACUAUGGAAGAAAAUAUGCAAAAAUGUGAAACUAAAAAAAAUCAAACUGCUGAUACACUACGUAAAACACAACUUGAAAUUCAAAAGUUAAAAUCUGAGAACGAAGCAUUGCAGACUACUCUGUUUUCUUCCAAACAGGAACAAAGUCAGAUAGAAGAUGCAAUAUUCCAGCUACGAUUACAGUUAACUAAAAUGAUUGCUCAGUACAAGCUUCUGAAAUCCAAAAAUGUAGAAGCAGAAGAAAAAUUAAAUUCAAUGCAAGAUGUAAUAAAUGAAAAUAAACGUUUAAAAACAUUGUCAUAUGAAGCCAACACUACUUUAAUUAGGAAACUUAGGCAAGAAAAACGCAAAGUUAAAUGUUUAGAAAAUAAACUUCUUGGUAUUCAAACAAAGGGAUAUUUAAGUAAUAUGAAAAACAAGAUGGAAGUUUCUUUACAUGAGUGCCUAAAACAGGUUUUAAUAAGAAAUAAAGAUUUAAAAGACCAAUUGAAGGCACUAACAAAAAACUCAGAUGAAAGUAUUGAUGAAGGAUAUGGUGAUAACAGUAUUGCUAGUUCUAUUUCUAUAAACAUUCCAUCACCCAAAUCUAUUAAUCCAGUAUUAUUAGAUGCAAUUUCUAAUAUUUUGCUGCAAUCUAAGGAUUUUUGUAAACCAAUACAAACAGAACUUGAACAUCUAAAAUUAAAACUUAAUAAAUUACAGCAACAAUGUACUACAUAG